CCCGCCAGGGUACUACUACCGGCGGGGCCACGGCACGGGGCAGCGCAACUGGCUCAUCUUCCUGCCGGGCGGCGCGUGGUGCUAUUCGGUGCGCUCGUGUCGCAGGCGCGCGAACACGCUGCUGGGGAGCUCCUCGCUGUGGCCGCACCCGUCGCACCCCGACUUCAACACCCAGUUGAAGCGGCUGACGGGGUACGGCAUGGACGGCAUGCUGCACGGCAGCGCCGCCGUCAACCCGCGCUUCUUCAACUGGCACGUCGUGCUCAUCGCUUACUGCGACGGCGCCGCCUUCUCCGGCACGCGCGGCCGCUUCAACGCCACGCGCUCCUCGUCGCUCGUGGCGGGCGGCAGAAGCAUCCUCAAGUCCGUCAUCCGCCACAUGCGGGUGGCGCGGGGGAUGCAGGGCGCGCAGCGGGUGGUGGUGGCGGGGUGCUCGGCGGGCGCGCAGGCGGUGGCCAUGCAGUGCGACGCGCUCGCCCGCCUGCUGCCCACGGCGGCCGCCAAGCGCUGCAUCAUGGACGGCGGCUUCUUCCCCGGUGCGCCCAGCUGCUCGCCCUGCCCGCCCUGCAUGCAGGGUCUAGGGGGAGGGGAUGGGGGAGGGGGUGCAGAAAAAGAAGUUGUGCGUCCAGAUGGCACGUUCUUCAUGCGCAAGGUGGCGCAGCGCCUCGUGGCCAUCCACAACAUGUCCGCUGACCCCGACUGCCUUAGAGGGGAGGGCCCUGACGGGCGGUGGCGGUGCUUCUUCCCUGAGCAUGGGUUGCGCUACGCCAUGACGCCGCUGCUGCUCGUCAACUCCGUCAACGAUGCCGACGCCAUCAACCUCCUCAACCUCCACUCCCCCACACGCCGUCGCCUCCGCCGCUGCCUCGCCAGCAUGGCGGGCGGCGGCAGCAGUAAGCAGUGUGCCAAGGCGGACGUGGGCAUGGCGCUGGCGUAUGCCAUCCGGGUGGCGGGGCUGGCGAGGCAAGUGGCGCAGCAGAAUGCAGCGGUGAAGCCGUUUCUGUACCGCGAGCGCAUGCACUGCGCCACGCUGGAGAACCGGUGGAGCACGGUGCAAGGGGAUGGGGGCGCACUGAGAGACGUGCUGGGGUCGCGCGCGUUGCGUCAUCCUCUCCUGCUCUCCCUCGCGGCUCUUCUCGCCAUUAAUCUCCCAGCCGUCGCAGCCGCCGCGUCCGACCGUCUCUACCUCGCGCACGAGGCGCGACUCGCCGCAGCAGCCACGCCGCGGCAGGGGCUCGCUGCGAGCGAUGCGGAAGCCACAAAGCAGCGAGGCGCAGCGGGAGCGAGCGGACGUGGCGAGCUGUGGUUGGAGCAGACGCUGGACCACUUCAAUCCCGCCGACGGGCGCACCUUCCGGCAGCGGUACCACGAGGACUUGACGCACUUCAACGCCGCAGCGGGCGGCCCCGUGAUGCUCGUCAUCUGCGGCGAGGCGCCCUGCAACGGCGUCCCCUCCGACUACCGCAUGGAGCUCGCCGCUCACUUUGGGGCGGCCGUGGUGGCGUUGGAGCAUCGCUUCUACGGCCAAUCGCAGCCCUUCGCUGACCUGUCCACUGCCAACCUGGCAUAUCUCUCGGCCAACCAGGCACUGGCUGACCUGGCCACGUUCCGGCAGUUCUACCAGCAACGGCUGGACCAGCUGUUCAACGGGUCUCACAGCAACGGGUCUCACAGCAACGGGUCUCACAGCAACGGGUCUCACAGCAACGGGUCUCACAGCAACGGGUCUCACAGCAACGGGUCUCACAGCAGCACGACGCGUGGCGGCAGCAAUGGGGCCUCCGAGCGGCAGUGGGUGGUGACGGGCGUGUCGUACGCGGGCGCUCUGAGCGCGUGGGCGCGCCUGUCCUACCCACACCUCUUCCGCGCCAGCCUUGCCUCGUCCGCCGUCAUCAACGUCAUUCAGGACUUCCAUGAGUUUGAGGCGCAGGUGGUGCAGUCAGCGGGCCCCCAGUGUGCCGCCAUCCUCGCCAACAUCACCCGCCGUGUGGAGCAGCAACUCGCCUCGUCACCGGGCGACCGCCAGGCUGUCAAGCACCUCUUUGCUGCCGCCUCUGUGGAGCACGAUGGGGACUUCCUCUUCCUCCUCGCAGACGCUGCUGUCUUUGCGUUUCAGUAUGGCCGCCCGGACCAGCUGUGUGACCCCCUCAUCCACUCUCAUGUCACGGGCUCUGAUACCAUGGAGGCCUUUGCGGCCUACGUGCGAGACCUUUUCUUCGCUCACUUCGGAUCGGCCCCUUCUGAUUACGACCGCCAUGCGCUCGCCAACACGUCGCUCGCAGCUCCCUCUGCCAACAUGCGCACGUGGCUGUACCAGUGCUGCUCGCAAAUGGCCUUCUUCCAGACACCCGCCCGCCUCGGCCCUCGCAUUCGAUCCAAUGCUUUGAACAUGAGCUACUGGCAGGGCCUGUGCGCGGCAGUGUACGGGGACCACCCACGGGCGCUCUUCCCUGAUGUGGACGCCACCAACACUUUCUUUGGCGCCACCUCCAUCGCCUCGUCGCGCAUCUACUUCACCAACGGGUCGCAGGACCCUUGGAAGCGCGCCUCGCGACUUGUUGCCACCGCUGCCAUGCCGAGCACGGUGGUGGAGUGUCACAACUGCGGCCACGGGGUGGACAUGCGUGGCUGCCCCACCUGGCUCAACGACCACCACGCCCACGGCGCCAAAUCCUCCUGCUCUGAUCCAAGCGCGUUGGCUCAUGUGAGGGGACGGCUCAGGGCGUUUCUAACGGUGUGGCUGCAACCCACCCCACUGCUGCCGAGUGCCUCUUCUGCCUCUGCUGCCCGUGCUGCCAUGUGA